AUGGACAACAAGCGGUACCGGGACACGGACAACGAGGCUGCCUCGGCAUCUGGAAAGCGCGCGCGCCUCGAUCCGGCUGGCCCUGCUGGCCCCGGUGACAUUAAAAACAUUGCACACCAAGUACUCUUCAGAGACCACAACAGCGAGAGUAACAGCCGCAACGGCAGUGGCUUCUUGGCCGUAAACGACUCCAGCCAUGCGCAGCUCCUCGUCGCAUCGGCUCACGACCACCGCACCAGCAGACCCAAUGGCCCGGUGUCCGGCCAUGACAGCGCUGCCAAUAGCACGUAUGCAAGCAGGAACGGCAACGUCGCUAGCCGGACAAAUUCCGCCAGCCACACUGUCAUCAUCGCAAGCGACCGUGCGCCGCUUGAGACCAUAACGGACGUCAGUCGGCAGUUCAAGCAGGCGGUGAGUACAGGCUGGGAUCGGCGGUCUCCGACGUACGCGGGUGCCAGCGUACUACUCCUUUACUGGGAACAAGACAGCGACGAGGUCAAAGAAGCCACAUGGCGCCUCGACUCUGUUUUUCGGCACUCGUUUAACUAUGCCACGGAGACUGUCUCGAUCCCCUCAACCGACGCUGAGCGGGUGCUUAACUCUACGGUGGAGGCAUUUUUUAGCAAGAACAACACGCCUGAGAAUUUGGCUAUUCUCCACUACGCCGGACGUUGUCUCGCGAGCGAGACACCGGGGGCGCCCCCUAUCUGGAUGCCACGACAUGAUGGUGCCGACAUUGCCAUAGACUCGGGGGCCAUUGAGUCAGCUUAUAAUGGCUCACUCUGUGAUGUACUGUUGCUGUUGGACCACAACUGCAUCCGCCAUCCUCAAUAUACCAAAAACCCUCUCGGUACCGCACGGCGCAAGGCCGUCGAAGUCAUCGAUGCGCCUCCUGUCGAAUCUGAGCAAGCUCAUGUCAGCUUCACAAAGGCCUUGGCCGAUGAGUUGUCCACCGUCGCAUAUGGCGACUCACUAUUAGUCGAAACUCUGCAUAAGCGGGUUGCGGCCCGGAUGACCAUACAUAAGCCCCGCGGCCGCGGCCGUCCACCCAAAGAGCCCGUACCAAGACCCAUCGCAGAUCAACAACACUUGCCAAAUCAUUACUACCUGCAAGAGUUCCGCAGCAUUGUUCUUGCCCCCAUUCCGAACGAGCCACAAGGUAAGUGA